UCGCAUCUCGCAUCGCGCGGCUUGUCAAUUGGCGAACAUGGCGGGACGGGACAAAGGACGCGUUCGCACGCAGGGCAAGCGGAGGGAUCAGGAGGGACGCCAUAUUCAUUUGUCAACGGACGUCAAGGUGCUCUCGUGCGAGAGAAAUCGGGAACGAGCAGCCGCUUGGCGCCAGUCGCCGGAUAGAAGUUGGAAGUCUGAAGAUAUCGAGGACCUUCACCGGUUUGAAAGUACAAGAUUCUCGUCUCAUCUCGUUUGGUCCGUUCAGUCUCGUCUUCAUCAUGGAGAGCGACGCCGCUUCCGAGUUACGGGAGCGUAAACGCGAGGAAUACGAGAUGCAGCUGUUCGGCUUCCAUUCUCGAGUCGUAUACGCGACUAUCGAGAAUAUUGUGAUAGAAAGGAUACAGUCUAGGAGCAGAAAGUUGUGUGAAACAUUGGAAAAAAUGUGUAAGUCAGACUCCGAUAAUUUGGCCACGCUAAAGGCAAACGAGGAAAACCUUGUAAAGGCGUACCAUGCAGCUUCUGUGCCUCAUUUGAAAAACAUAGAGAAUAUUGUGAGAAAAUUCGUUGCUGUACCCGACAAUGUUCUGGCGAAUGAGGAUAAACUUCAAGAGGUACAAUACACAGAAGCGGAGUUUGAGAGCAUACGUGGAAAACUAGAAGAAUUCCAGCAGAGAGCAAGACGAGCGGCUGUGUUGAAUGCGACAUUGAAGGAGGAAUUACGGCUCAUAGAACAAUUUUCGAUUUGUGCGGAUAAUACCGAUAGGCUGAGUCAUAUAAUUGAAAGCGGCAUUGCAUGCCCAGAUAUCAGUGAUAAAAUUUAUGAAUUAGUCAAUUAUUAUGAACAAUUCAGGACGUACCUCGGUCGGGCACCUAUAUCGCAAAAGUCGCUCUACAAUAUGAAAGAUGAUACUAAAUAUAUAGACUGCGAUAUGGAUGCCAUAUAAUUGUAGAAAGGAAGAA